UAAACAACCGAGAGAGAGAGAGAGAGAGAGAGAGAGAGACGGGGGAUUCAUGGCUUCGAGGGAUCUCGUACUCAUGCUUCUUGUUCUUCUUCUUCUUCUAAUCUCAUCACUCGGAUCGUCCAAGGUAUUGGGCUCGUAUCCGGUAGUGGUGAGCACUUGGCCAUUUGUCGACGCUGUCAGGGCUGCCUGGAGAUCGGCCGAUGCCGGUUCUCCGGCCGUCGACGCCGUUGUGGAUGGCUGCUCCGAGUGUGAGGUCCUGCGCUGCGAUGGCACAGUUGGACCUGGCGGCAGUCCAGAUGAGAAUGGGGAAACUACAAUAGAUGCUCUUGUUAUGAAUGGGACAACAAUGGAGGUAGGGGCUGUGGCUGCUAUGAGAUUUGUGAAAGAUGGUAUCAAGGCUGCAAAGUUGGUUAUGGAGCAUACCAAACAUACAUUGCUUGUCGGGGAGCAGGCCUCAGUUUUUGCCAUGUCAAUGGGUCUUCCAGGACCGACAAAUCUCAGUUCACCUGAAUCCACCGCAAAAUGGCUUAAAUGGAAAGAAAACUCCUGUCAGCCCAACUUUUGGAAGAAUGUUAUUCCUGCAAAUGGAUGCGGACCUUAUCAUUUAAGGAAUGUGGCCUCAAACCAAGAAGAGAACUCAUGCAUGCCAUCCAAUGAAGGGACCAGUGGAGGGACAUGGUUGGGAGAUAGUCUUUUGGUUUCAGACCACUCAAACUCAAAAUUAAUUAGUCAGACAAGCCAUGAUACCAUCUCCAUGGCUGUAAUUGACAAAGAUGGACGGAUUGCAGUAGGGACGUCUACUAAUGGUGCCACCUUUAAAAUUCCUGGCAGGGUAGGUGAUGGACCAAUUGUAGGCUCGUCUGCAUACGCUGAUGAUGAAGUUGGUGCUUGUGGUGCAACUGGUGACGGCGAUAUCAUGAUGCGCUUCCUCCCCUGUUAUCAAAUAGUGGAGAGUAUGCGACGAGGACUUGAGCCUCAGCAUGCUGCAAUAGAUGCAAUAUCUAGAAUUGCUCGUAAAUAUCCAGAUUUCGUUGGAGCUGUUUUUGCACUCAGAAAGGAUGGCAUUCAUGCAGGAGCUUGCCAUGGGUGGACAUUUCAGUACUCAGUAAGAACACCUAGCAUGGUGGAUGUUGAGGUCUUCACAGUUGAACCUGUGAUCAAUAAUGGUCCUAUCUUGACAAAACAAACCCAUGCAACUUUUGGCCUUUCUUGAGACACAAAUAGCAACAACAUUUUCAUAAGAUUAUCUAACUGUUGGAUCAAUGUUUAGGAGCAUGCCUGCUUCUGUACCACUCUGGAAGAGAGAACAUUUGACUGUGAACUUAUUAUAAUAGCCUUAUACAAUUCACAGUAACCAAACUUGAUUAUUCUAAGAAACUACUUGUUUAUCUUAAUCUUUGAAGAGUGCUCAAUGUAAGCAUUAAAAAGAGCUCGAUUUAUAAAGAUAUUGUCAUAGUCAAAUUGUUUAUGUUUUGCAGGAUGCAUUCUGGUAGGGCCAAUGUGAAGCCUAAUGGCUAGAAGAUUUAUUUAAUAUAGGUUGACAAAAUGUGGCAUAAGCAGAGGGGAAUCUGAUGCCAGCAUUGUCUCUCUGGUUUUU